AUUCCCUAAUUAUUCACUCGCUACUCAUAAAAUAUAAUCAAAAUUAGUGCUGAUCAAUAGAAAGGCAAAUAAACCAGAAAGCAGUUGUGAACGAUGAUUUUCAACCAAACCGCCAAAAACAAAUCACAUGUGGAGCUACAUGCGCUUUUAACGAUAAAUGUUAUUUUAUAACAACAAUGUUUUGAUUUUGUAUUACCAACCAGUCUUAUUGUUAAAUCUAAAUGUCUUAUAGAUAUUUUGUUAAAUUGUCUUUAGUCCAUAAUUAUAAUUUUUUUUCAGCCAGUGGCUUACAAACUCGUUCUGUCCAUUAUUUAUCUUUGAAAUGUAAUCCAUCUACUGCUGGCGUUUUAUCGGUUAGGAAACGACAAAGUGGAGCCGGUUGUAUUCAACAAUUAAAUGGCUCACAAUUAACUAACAGUUUGACUAUUCGGCAUGCUUCAUUUGGCGAGCGAUUAACAAGUAUAAGUGAGUCCAUUGCUUUAUCAUGGCCGGUGCAGAAGUGCACAGAUUCUUUGAUUUGGGUACAUGAAGCUUCGGGUUUACCUUGGUGGCUCAGUAUCAUUGUUUCAACUGUUGUAUUUCGAUCUGCGAUUGUUUUUCCGUUCAUGUGUUAUGAUCGUCGGAUUAUGCAUAAAUUAAUUAAUGUUGGUCCCGAGAUCACAAGCUAUACUGAUAAGGUAGCUGAAGAAUUGAAAAAGCUGGUUCAAAAUGGACAGCUAAAGAAGGAAAAGUUUCGAGCCACUCUUUUUAGAGCUUAUAAAAAGAAAUCGACGCAAAUUUAUUUAGAUAAUAACGUCCAUCCGGGCCAAAGGGUGGUUUUAAUUUUUUUUCAAUUUCCCUUUUGGAUAACUAUGUCUUCAUCGCUCAAUAAUCUUUGUGUUAGACCUUAUUUUCUCAACGAUCCUUUAGUUCAUAAUCAAUUUUUCACUGGUGGAGCCGCUUGGUUCAAAGAUUUAACGAUUGCAGAUCCUUAUUAUGUGAUGCCAGUUUUAUUUUUUGUGUCCAUAUUUUCAAGUAUUAAGUUUACAGAGCUGAUCAAAAAUCAAAACAGACCUAUGAAUGUUACUGAAACUAAAUUUGAAAGAUAUUUCAUGUACUUCUUGAAAGGAUGGCUUCUUGUGUUGCUUGGAUUAAGCACAGUGACACCGUCAGGUUGUGUACUAUACUGGGCCACUUCAGCUGCAUGUGGGACUCUACAUCACUACUUCUUGUCUUUUCCCAAAUUUAGGAGAAUAUGUAGAAUACCAGCGUUAAAAAAUGAUCCUAAACCCCUUGAUUGGAAACGCUUGAUAGCAUCAAUUGAUAAAUCAAAAUGAAAUAUCUAUUAUAAAUAAAUUCAAGAUGAAGUCACACGUUGUAAAUACCAAGCGUAGUAAAUUACUCGAAUUAAAAUAUUUUAAAUAAAAGAAAUAGUAAAUAUAUAUUGACUGGGAAAUCAUUUCUUUAAUGAAUUGAACUUCAUCCAUCCAUCAAAAUAAACACAAAAAA